ACACGCGUCCACGCUCGGCUGAAAGACUUUCUUGUGUGACGCGGAGUUCUCCGGAGGCCAAUUAAGAGGCCCUCCCCCAUGCCCCCCCUCGAACCCGGGGCCCGGGGUGUGUCCGCGGCGACGGGGUUGCCAUGACGGCGGGGGGGCUGCGCAGGCGGCUGCUGCUGUCUUUCCUGGGCGUGUGCGGCCUGCUCUGCCUCUACAUCCUGUGCGUGAGCCUGCAGUUCCGGGUGCCCUGGCGCAUGGUGCAGGCCCGGCUCCCUCUGCCCGGAUAUGCCCGGGAAUCCCACCCGCAGCCCAGCAGCUCCAGUGACUCCCGGAUCCUUGCCUGGGACACCCCCCACCCUGGGGCCCCCGGGGGCCAGGAGGAGCAGACCCCCGGGGCGCGGCACGGGCCCCCCACACCUCCACCCUCCAAGCUCCGCCUGAAGCCCACCAGGGCCCCCACGCCCAAGCCUCCGCCCCCCACACCGAAAAGGCCGACAGAGCCCCCCUACAUUGGAGACAGAUACGCCAGGGAGGAGUUCUGGCGUGCACAGACUAACUGCUCGGCGGGGAUCCGGAGGAAGGUAGCGGGGACGGAUUUCGGGGCGCGGUUCCUGGCAGACAUCCCAGUGCUGCAGUGGCGGGGUCACAUCUCAGCGGCGGAGUACGAGAGGCUCAGGCGGUACCCCGGCGCCCACGGCUGGGGCGGCGUCGAUUUCGACACUCUGGUGUCCUGUCUGUCCAUACUGAACACCUCCAGCCGGGUCAUGUUUGACGACUGGGGCCGCCGGUCCAACGGGUCGACUUGCGUCCGCUGUGCGGUGGUUGGGAACGGUGGGAUUCUGAACGGGUCCAGGAAGGGCCGGGAGAUCGACCAGCACGACUACGUCUUCAGGGUGAAUGGUGCUGUGGUCCAGGGCUUUGAGGAGGAUGUGGGCUCGCGCACCUCCUUCUACACCUUCUCCACCAACACCAUGCGCAAUUCCAUGCGCAGUUACGCAUCUGCAGGCUACCACGGUCCUCCAGUCUCUGAGGAGACCAGGUAUAUCUUCUUGCCCGACCAUGACCGGGACUACAUUCUUCUGAGGGCUGCGGCGACACACACCCCCAUUGAGAGAGGGCCGGAGCGCAGCAAAGACCCGCCCAAGUAUUUUGGAGAACACGCGACGGCGGACACAUUCAAGAUAUACCACCCCGACUUUGUCAGGUACCUGCGAAACAGGUUCCUGCGCUCCUCGACUCUGAGGACCAGAUACAGAGAUAUAUACCGUCCUUCCACUGGAGCAGUGAUGUUAUUGGCUGCCCUGCACACAUGUGACCAGGUGAGCGCAUAUGGGUUCAUGACCCCGGACUACAAGAAGUACUCCGACCACUACUACGACAAAAAGUACAGGGGUGUGGGCUUUUUCGCCAACCACGACCUGCGCAUGGAGAUGUCGCUAUGGCAACAGCUGCACCGGGCGGGCCUCAUCCGCCUCUACAUGCGCGAGUAAGCGCGGUGGCCGCAGCGACGCCGCCUGACCCCGCGCCCCCCCGGCGUGGGCGGACCCCCCUGGUGGGGGGGCAUCUGGGGGGGAGGAGGAACGAGAGGGGGAGAGCCCCUCCUUCUUUUAAAAGACCCUUUUAAAUCUUUUAAACUGCUGCUAUGUUUCUGAAGCUGGGAAUUUUUGUGGGAUUUUUGUCUCUGUUGGCGACAGUUUGUCCUGCUGCCGUGCCUUCAGAUUAACGCUGGCGUUUCAGAUGCAAGGCUUCUCUCUCUCAGGUCCCGCCCCUUCCCUAACGGCCUGCCUCGGCCUGACACACACACACGCGCACGCAC